CGCACCCCUUCAUUAAUGCCUGGCUCGGCUGUCUGCGGGCCUGGUCCCUCUUCCUGCAGUAUUUUGCCCCGGUGUGUGCUCCAGAAGGCCCUGGGGUCCUGAUCUGGGGCAGUACAGCCGACUGUGAGGAGGCCCAAAGGGGUCUCAGGUUCUCCUGCUUGGGCUACUUGUAAGAUAAAAUGGGGAACCUUCACUUUGACUGGGCUGGCUAGAGUGUAACCAUUUCCAAGGCAGAGCUUGAAGGAGGAGCUUACCAAGCUCUUUCCGAGCUGUCGAUCCUGCAUCUGAGAGGGAGCCAAGUUGACAGAGAUGAUUGAUGAGCAGAGGGUUUGGCAGUUUGAUCUUGGAUUGGUCUUUCCCCUUGGGAAUAGCCAUGGGGCCCAGGACGGGGACACACGUGCAUGGAGGCAUGCAAGGGCCCUGUCCGUCGGUGGGAUCUCAGGAGGGCUUGUGAGUUAGCCCACGUGCUGAAAGCAUCCUCGUGAGCCUGUGGGUUCUGUCUUUUCCCUUCCCUUAGAGAUGGAAUCCCUCCUUAUCGUGUGGGGAGUAAGAAACAGCUCCAGAGAGAAAUGCAUCGCAGUGUGAAGGCCAAUGGCCAAGUGUCUCUACCUCAUUUCCCGGUACUUACUAAAACGUGUUGAUUGAAUCAGCGAAUGAGGAGGCUAGAAGAAUCUCUGCCUCCCGCAGAAGGGAAAUUGCAUCCCUAGGACGUUUCUCCUGUUGACUUCCAAAGCCCUGGAGGGCAGCUGUCCCGUCUUGUCCGUUCCCAACCCCAGAACUUGCUUUAGAACCUUCUGUUGAAUCUGCACCUAAUGAAUGCUGAAUGAAUGAAGCCUUUGGAAGGUAGGAUCUCAUGAGCAACUUCCCCCUGUGAUUGACGUGAGAGGCCAGCUUGGCGUGAAGAUCCUUUCCUGGUAUCUCUUCUUCCAUUUCCAAGUCCUGGAGGGCAGCCAGCAUGUGGCCCCCUAAACUCAGCAGAGGCCCCUCGUCUGUGUUUUAGGAGCUGUGCUUCUUGCCAUACACUGAGAUCCAAGAUUGCAAGAACACUGUUCCUUGGGGAGGGGAGGAGAGUGCCCAGCUUCGAGCGGCAUCUCCGCUCACGAAUCCUUCUGGCCAGCUUCCGAGAAUUCAGUUGGCCCAUCAGUGAUGUUGCGUUCAGAAAAUUAACACACCCAGUUGCUAAUCCCAUGUUGCAUUACUGGAUUGUUUUCGCUAGAGCAGCUCCCCUCUGAAAGCCCCUGACACAGUCCAGGGAGGACUUAACUGGGUCCGAAAAUUUAGCAUGUUACAAUGCUUUCCUGGGGCCCUUCAGCAUCCCCCUCCUCGAUAAUAUUACCCCGCAAAUACAGCAGUAUUGAGGAUACAGGUGUUUUUGGGCAGGACUGUGGGGGUGCAGGGGAGUAUGUGUGUGAAUAAAAGUUCUACUGCCCAAGCUUGUAAAUUAGAUGAUUUUGUCCUGGGGUGUGGAAAUCGACUUUCUCCAUAAGGCAGCGCUUUGAUCCGGGCUGAGCCGAGCUAGCCUGCAUGACAGCGGCCGGCUCCUGGGGUGGGGGGGCUUGGGCUUUCUCUACCCAGCCCCCCACGCAGUUCCAGGCUCACUGGCUGCCGGUCGCCCUCAUGAGCCCAGCUCAGCUGCAGGGGGAACGCGGGCCUUCGCGGGUGGGCUUUGUGCUGCCCCCACCCAUGCUGAAGGAAAGGGCAAAGCAAGAGGGAAAUUGAGGAAGGAACAGGCCGACAACCGGGGGGAGGGGGUGGCGGGAGGACCGGCAGAGGACGGAGAGCCGGGCAGUGGGAGUCCUCUGUUUGCUGCUUUUGGCAGCACCCUCUAUGCCUUUUUAUAUUCUGUACUUGAUUUGGAGAUGUUCCCUUUUCCCUUGAUAGACCGGCUUCGGGCAGCCCAGCUCAGCGGUGCUCUGCCGCUAGCCCGCAGCAUCUUCCUUCAUUUUCUGUACAAAGAGCCGGGGAGGGGGGCGCGGAGAGCCGGGGAGAUCUAGGACAGUGUUGAGACAACACCACCUCAAAGGUGCGCAGUGUGCGGCCACGAAAUAAAUUACCACUUCUUCUGAUCCGGCCGUGUGACUCCUUUUUUUUUUCCCCCUUUUCUUCCCCCUGCCCCCACCUCCCUUCCAAUCUUAUUUAUUUUUUUUUUCAAAUUUCCAGCUCCCUUUCUGUUUAGACUCUACUUUUUAUUCCUUGAGUUGGUCCCUCUCCCCUCCCCACCGCAGAGGGCCUUUUUUUUUUUUUUUUGAUGUUUGACAACAGUCUUUGAAGAUUCUCUACUUCAGAGUAGCUACUGAUGGGCUGGUUGUACUACAGAGAGAACAAGCGGGGCCUCUCGGAGAGCGACCAACUGCUCCUGCCCAAGGCAAACGCUGGUGGGGACCAUGGCUCUCCAUGAGGCCGCGGCGCCGGCGCAUAAAGCUCCCGAGCAGCCCGGGCGCCGCGCCCGCCGCUCUCCGCCGCCCACCCGUCCGUCCGUCCGUCUGUCCGUCCGUCCGUGCGGCUGUGGCCGGGGCCGAGGCCACCAGGCCCGGGAAGCUCCGGCGGGGGCGCCGCGUGCUGGCCCCGCUGAACGUGCCUCGUGGCUUCCCUCCCCGUGCCCCGUAGAGAACCCACCGCCUGCCCAAGGAGAUGACCCCCGUGGAGCCCGCCACCUUCGCGGCCGAGCUCAUCUCCAGGCUGGAGAAGCUGAAGCUGGAGCUGGAGAGCCGCCACAGCCUGGAGGAGCGCCUGCAGCAGAUCCGAGAGGAUGAAGAGAGGGAGGCCUCCGAGCUAGCGCUGAGCCCCAGGGACGGGGGGCCCGCUCCGCACCCCCUCUCCCUCCUGCCCUCCGGCAGCUACGAGGAGGACCCGCAGACCAUUCUGGACGACCACCUGUCCAGGGUCCUCAAGACCCCCGGCUGCCAGUCUCCAGGCGUGGGCCGCUACAGCCCCCGCUCCCGCUCCCCCGACCACCACCACCACCAGGAGCAGUACCACCCCCUGCUCCCGCCUGGGGGCAAGUUGCCCCCCGUGGCAGCCCCACAGGCCGGUUGCCCCCUCCUCGGAGCCAGGGGCUUAGUGACCAAGCAGACGACGAAGCACGUCCACCACCACUACAUCCACCACCACGGCCUCCCCAAGACCAGGGAGGAGAUGGAGGCAGAGGCCGCACAGAGGGUGCGCUGCUUCUGUCCCGGGGGCGCCGGCUACUACUGCUACCCCAAGUGCAGGAGCCACCCCAAGGCUGUGGAGCCCGCGGCCGAGCAGUUUGGCAACAGAGGCAGUGCCCUGCCCAAGCGAAGUGGGAAAAGCGUGGAGCCGGGCCUGGCCCUGCCCGCCAGGGAAGGAGGGGCCCCCGGCGGAGCCGGGGCCCUGCAGCUUCCCGGGGAGGAAGGAGACAGGUCGCAGGAUGUCUGGCAGUGGAUGCUGGAGAGCGAGCGGCAGAGCAAACCCAAGCCCCCUAGUGCCCAAAGCACAAAAAAGGCUUACCCCUUGGAGUCCGCCCGUGCGUCCCCGGCCGAGCGAGCUGGCCGGCACCACCUGCUGGGGGGCAGCAGCGGGCACGCCCGCUCUGCCCCCCGAGCCCCCGCGUUCACCCAGGACCCCGCGAUGCCUCCCCUGACCCCGCCCAACACACUGGCGCAGCUGGAAGAGGCCUGCCGCCGGCUGGCUGAGGUGUCCAAGCCCCCAAAGCAGCGAUGCUGUGCAGGAGGUCAGCAGAGGGACAGGAACCACUCGGCCACUGGUCAGACGGGAGCCGCGCCCUUCUCCAACCCCAGCCUGGCUUCCGAAGAUCACAAAGAGCCAAAGAAGCUGGCGGGGGUCCACGCACUCCAGGCCAGCGAGUUGGUCGUCACGUACUUUUUCUGUGGAGAAGAAAUUCCAUACAGGAGGAUGCUGAAGGCUCAGAGCUUGACCCUGGGCCACUUUAAAGAGCAGCUCAGCAAAAAGGGAAAUUAUAGGUAUUACUUCAAAAAAGCAAGCGACGAGUUUGCCUGUGGAGCCGUGUUUGAGGAGAUCUGGGAUGAUGAGGCGGUGCUCCCCAUGUACGAAGGCAGGAUUCUGGGGAAGGUGGAGAGGAUCGACUGAGCCUUGGGGGUCGGGCCCCCAGCGCAAGUGCGGGGCCGCCGCCCGCGCCACCGGCCUUGGCCGUGACGGACCGCGACGAGACAUUUUGAAGGAAAACUAAACCAAUGAAGAAGACAAAAAUCUCGGGAAGAAUUGGCCACUGGCCACUUGGGGAGGGUGGGGAGGGCAGGGAGGUUGGUUUUCACUAUUCACCAGCUGGGUACUGAGAUAAGAAAAGCCUGAACUAUUUAUUAAAAACAUGACCACUCUUGGCUAUUGAAGAUGCUGACUGUAUUUGAGAGACUGCCAUACAUAAUAUAUGACCGCCUAGGGAUCUGAAAUCCAUAAACUAAGAGAAACUGUGUAUAGCUUACCUGAACAGGAAUCCUUACUGCUAUUUAUUGAACAACUGAUUCCCCACCCCCGGCCCCAGUUUAUGGAUAUGCUGCUUUAAACACGGUAGGGGGAGAGGGGAAGUUUUAAUUGUCCUGUCCAAACUUGGGAGUUGAGCUAGGGGCGCAUUAAUGAUUUCUUUAAGGGGAAUUAUUACGCUUUGCCCUGCAUUUCUCCAAGUGAAGACAGACUUUUUAAAAAUGCUGCCCUACCAUUGACACACGCAGAAAAUUGGUGCAUUUUUUUUUCCUACGCUGCUCUAUUUUGUCAUAAAGGUCUUGAGGAGCAAUUUAUGUUGCAACAUCACUGCCAUCUGGGGUCAUCAUGUGGGAUGGGAUCCAUCGUGGGGCAGGGGGGGGCCUCAUUUGGGGGACCCCAGAUUUCCUCAGUAACUCCUCCUAACUCCCCGCCAAGGCCCAGCGCCCAGUGGCUGAGGCCCGCUAGAACCUUGGAGUUCAACUCGUGCUUGCAUUGAAACCGUUCCUUGGAGUGUCGGUCGGUUGGUUGGUUGGUUGGUUGGUUUUUUUUAAUUAGUCGUUGGACCACCACCAUUCUGGAAGCCACCACCCCUCCCCCCUUGCCCUGCAAAGAAGCGGACAGUUGCGGGAAGACCUAGCAGCACCCUUUCCUCCAGACACCUCCGUUUUGACGUUCGGGUUUUCGUGUUAAGUUAAUCUGUACAUUCUAUUUUUGCCAUUGUUACUUGUACUAUACGUCUGUAUAUAUUGUACAACAGAAGAGUAUUAAUCCACUAUCUCUAGUGCUUGACUUGAAAUCAGUACAGUACCUGUACCUGCACGGUGUCCUGCUCCGUGUGUCGCCCUAUAUUGAGGGCUCCAACUUUCCCUUGUUUUUUGAAAGGGGUUUAUGUAUAAAUAUAUUUUAUGCCUUUUUACUACAAGUCUUGUACUCAAUGACUUUUGCCAUGGCAUUUUGUUCUACUUAUACUGUAAAUUGUGCAUUAUAAAGAGUUCAUUUAAGGAAAAUUACUUGGUACAAUAAUUAUUGUAAUUAAGAGAUGUAGCCUUUAUUAAAAUUUUAUAUUUU